GGGCACCGCACUUCAGUCGCGUUCGUGAUGGCGAGGAGUAAGGAAGGAGCUGCCGGCGCUCGGCUGCUGCUAGCGGCGGCGGCGGCAUUAGCCGCCUGCUGCCUCUGCCACGGCCUGCAGCUGUCCGAGCAGGAGAAGAAGUGCGUCGACCAGUACCGCAUCCUGUACCCUGAGGACAACGUGUGUUACAAGCUGGGCAACAAAGGGCCGUGCGAGGACGGUGAGCUGCUGUUCCUGGACGACUCGGAGGCCGACGAAGGAGAACAAGUCAAGCCGACGCCGGUGUGCAAGCAGUGCCGGUGCUGCCAUCGCGGCACCACGGCCGUCUACUGGAACGCGACGGGAGAGUGCCUGCUGAGGAUCAGCGAGGGGCCGCGAGUCUGCCCGCACGCGGGCACCGAGCUGCGCGAGGACGCCUUCGGCCUGGGCGAGUGCGCCUGCCUGCCCGGCCACGUGCGGCCCACCGCCCCCGCCGCCGCCGCCAGCGGGGGCGCCAGCAGCGGGGGCUGGGGGGUGCCGCUGUACCUGACGACGGCGCCGCCCCCGCCGGAUGACUCGGGCCGCUGCUGGCCGCUGUUCCGGCGCGGCCCGUGCGCGCGCGGCCAGGUGUUGCUGCCCGGCGGCGACUGCGGCGCCGACGAGUGUCGGCGGGAGAACGCUGGCGGGGGCGGCGCAACGUUCGUGCCGCUGUUCGGCCGCUGCCGCCGCCUGGGCGACCCCUGCCCCCGCGCCGGCGUGCCCCCGAACUCGACCGUGGGGAUCAGCUCCUACACCGGCAAUCCGACCUGCGUCGACCGCGACACCAACCCGCUCAACCUGGUGGACGCGCCCGCCAACUGCCCCACGGCCGCCGGUGGGGAGGGCUGCGAGAAGGUGGUCAACGUGCCCAAGGACGGCGACGACUACUACCAGAAGUUGCUCGAGGCGGCCGAAAAGCGCCGCCGCAAGCGCCGCGUGCGCCCCAAUGCCGUAGCUUAGGAACGCCUCGAUGCCGUGACGAGCCGUCGCCUGGCAACGCCUCGAUGCCGUGACGAGCCGUCGCCUGGCAACGCCGCAGUGCAGUACCGAGCCGUCGCCUGGCAACGCCGCAGUGCAGUACCGAGCCGUCGCCUGGCAACGCCGCAGUGCAGUACCGAGCCGUCGCCUGGCAACGCCGCAGUGCAGUACCGAGCCGUCGCCUGGCAACGCCGCAGUGCAGUACCGAGCCGUCGCCUGGCAACGCCGCAGUGCAGUACCGAUCCGUCGCCUGGCAACGCCGCAGUGCAGUACCGAGCCGUCGCCUGGCAACGCCGCAGUGCAGUACCGAGCCGUCGCCUAGCAACGCUGCUGUGGCGCGCGCCGUCGCCCAGCGGCGUUGAAUCGUGCCGUCUCCUAGCAACGCCGCGCUCCAGUGCCAUGCGGUCGCCUAGCAACGUCGCCAUGGUGUCGCCUGCAAUACCCUCACUGCAUCGACCACCCCACGAGCAUGGGCCAGCAGUAAUCUUGACAUUCCAACUACUGCCCACGCACUCUAAAGCGACUCUCUGCGAUGUGACUGAUGAGAAUAACUCAAUUGAUAAAGAUCGUAAUACAGGGAGCUCUCGAUUAUGCUAAUUAAUAUGGACCCCCGUUAAUCGAAAAUACAUCUUUUAACUCGAAACUGCUACUUCUCAUAUUUGUCUCAUUUGGAAAGCUUACUGGCUUACUCAUGAAAAAAAAAAAAAACAAAAAAAAAAUAUAGCGCUCAUACGGAACUUUACUGACAGCUAUGCUUCCCUCACAAUAUUCGUGAAUGGAAAACUAAAUGGUCCGAAAAUCAUGUGGUAUGAAAACUACCAUCCAUCACACCCCAUAAGGUGGUUUUCAAAGUGCAGAUGUAGAAAAUAAGCAUUUAUUUACAGCAUUACAUUUAAAAGAAACUGUACAUCUGACCACUUGUUUACAGUUCACUUUUGGGAAACAAUCGUCGAUUUUUUUGUUUCUGUUCUUCAGUUAUUUUUUUACUGACUGACGGUUCUCAUUGUUUUCAGAGUGUCAGAUCAUUAUUUCAGUCAAAUUUUGUCCCGCACAUUUCAGCAACAGACCAACGCAUUUGAGAGGUUCUGUGUGCCAGAUAAAAAGUUCCUCCAACGCCUGCUUUUCACUCUCUUUCUCUACAGAACACAGUUUGUUCGCUAUCUCUGCAUAGCAAGUUAAAUCCCACUUCAUAGGCACCGCUAUUUAAACCUAUGCAGAUAUUUUCUUCCGUGCCCUCACAACCAGAAAUCUGUAAUGUCAAUGAAAAUAUUAGUUCUAAUGAGUUUAGCCAACUUCACACUUUUUUGUUGACUAUACAUGAACAGUAUUGAUUAAUUUCCAGUCGCUGCCAACAUUAACUAGCAAACCCAGCCUUGAUUGAUGAAGACAGAUGCUACAUAAGAGCUGAAACUUUAUGAUUAGAUUUGAAAUUAUUAUUUUUUUACAUGUUCGACACGUUCUCAUCAGCUACCUCCCCGAGAGUCUUCCUGGAGUGCCCCAAUCGUGUGUGUGUGUGUGUGUGUGUGUGUGUAGAUACACAUACGUACACAACAGUUUCACAGGUAUUGUAGAAGAGACACUAUACAUGGUUGCCAAUGGAAUGUGAGCUCAAUCUCUAUGUCGUCAUUAAACGGUAAUUUAUGUUUUGUUUCUGUUGUUUCGGGAAACUGUUCGCUGUUUACCUCAGAGGCCGUUAUACUACCUACAUACAUCCAUUUGCUGCAUGGAGUAACUGUCUUCAUAUUUAGUACUAUUUAAAUGUAUGUAAUUUAUAAGUCAGUGCUAUAGUUAUGAGGAAAGUUUACAGGCCCAUAAUCAGUAAAAUGAUUUUCUUAAAAUGAUUUCUGCACUCCUGAUGACAUUGCUAAACCGAAAUACGAGUGUGGGAUUGGUGCUUGCAUAGUUGCUGCGUUUGACGAAUAGAUUCACAUGUGUGAGUAACUUCAUCAGAAAAAGACUGUGAUAAUUUUACAGAAACCUUGAACCACAACAUUUAUUUAUUUUCGCUACCAAGUUCAAUAAAGCAAGUAGAUUACCUGGA